AUGGCUUCAUUUUCAAUGCCCUUCUCGUACACUAUCUUCAUGUAUGGCAAAUGGCUGCUUCACCCGGCCUUCUGUCCAGUCGUCCUAUCCAUCCAUGUCUUCUCCGUAUUUGUCAGCAUUUAUACACUGAUUGCCAUCGGAAUCGACAGAUAUUACGCGAUCGUCCGACCAUUAGAUAGAAGAAAUUGGUUGAAAUACUUUCCCCGGAUUACUAUAUUAGUGAUAUGGAUGUCCGGGUUUGGUCUGUGUCUGACCACAUACUUCAACAGCGAGGCCGUCCAGUUUGAGUUCAAUAACGCCACUCAUUAUGACUGCCGCGAGACAUGGGAUGAAGACGACGGCAGAAUCUACACAAUCAUUAUGUUUGUCAUUACAUUUGUAUUUCCGGUCGCUGUCCUCAUCUUUGUCUACUCACGUAUUCAAAUAUUUCAGAUGACUAUAUGGCUGUUUCCCGAUAUAUUGAAGUUUAAGACACGAGCUAAAUAUUACACGUAUGUUGUCUCGUACCUCACAUUACACUGGAUAUCAAUGUUUCACUCCACUGUCAACCCUAUCAUGUAUUCAUUCUUAAGCGACAACUUUCGAACUGACUUAAAAAGUGUGUUCAGGAAGUUAUUCAGACAAAAGCGACUACUCAUGAGAUUUGGUCCAAACAGUGGAAGUAAGUCAUCGCAGACCUCACAGAAGACUCUCUACACCAAUGUUUCGAUCAAAAGCUGGACAUCGGUGGCCACGUGGCGAUGGGUGGCCAACGACGACAACUGCGGCAUCUGUCGCAACGCCUUCGACGGCUGCUGCACUGACUGCAAGAUGCCGGGAGACGACUGUCCACUCGUGUGGGGCCAAUGCUCGCACUGCUUCCACAUCCACUGCAUCAUGAAAUGGCUGAACUCACAGCACGUCCACCAGUUGUGCCCCAUGUGUCGACAGGAGUGGAAGUUCAAGGAGUAGGAGACGUACGGCAUACCGGUGCCGAUGGACACACCGAGUCUAACGUCAUUACCUGUAUAUACAGUUGUUUUGUCAUUCAGUUUAUAGUUGUGUUUAUUUGACAUUCAUUUCAUAUGAAUAUGUUUUUG